CGAAGCAGGAAGCACACAGCUCCCUCCUCGGCAGCUCACACAAGUAACCACGUACGCGCGCGCAUCAUGGUGCACUACGAUGAGAGUGAGGCCACCGCCAAAUGCCACGGCGGCGACGAGGUGGCCGUGACGUUCACGUCCACGGUGGUGCCAGCGCUGCCGCUGCAGGAGCACCGCCUGCCGCUCUCCAACCUCGACCUCAUCCUGCCCCCCAUCGACGUCAGCGUCUUCUUCUGCUACGCCGCCGGCGACGACUACCCGGCGGGUACAGGUAGCCACCCCGCGUCAACCCUGAAGGCGGCGCUGGCCAAGGUGCUGGUGGCGUACUACCCGCUCGCCGGCGAGGUCGUGGCCAACGCCGCGGGGGAGCCGGAGCUGCUGUGCAGCGGCCGCGGCGUGGACUUCGCGGAGGCGGCCGCGGACGGCGUCGAGCUGCGGGAGCUGCAGCUCGGCCUGCCGGACGAGAGCGUCGAGAGGCUGGUGCCCAAGAAGAAGUCCGGGGUCAUGAGCGUGCAGGUGACCAAGUUUAAGUGCGGCGGCGCCGUCGUCGGGUGCACCUUCGACCACCGCGUCUGCGACGCCUACUCCUUCAACAUGUUCCUCGUCGCGUGGGCCGCCGCGGCCCGGGGCGCGUCCAUCCCGCUGCCCCCGUCCUUCAACCGUUCAUUCCUCGCGCCGAGCAGCCCGCCUCCGUCGUGCACCGCCGGCACCCUCGCCGACCGCCUCUUCGUCCCCGUCAGCCUCGUGCCACCGCCGCCAGCCACAGCGGCACCACCCACAGCUUUCAACCGCAUCUUCCACGUGGCCGCCGCCGAUGUCGCCGCGCUGCAGGCCUCGGCGGGGCCCGGGCGCACGAAGCUGGAGGCGUUCACGGCCCACCUGUGGCAGCUCUACUCCAGGGCGGCCACGCCACGACACGACUCGUGCUGCAUGGGCGUCGUCGUCGACGGGCGCGGCCGCUUGUGCCCCGACGGCGCCAUGAGGCCCUACUUCGGCAACGUGCUGACCAUCCCCUACGGCGCGUUCGUCGCUGCCGACCUGCGCGACAUGGCGCUCGCGGACGUAGCGGAGGACGUGCACCGAUGGGUCGCGGAGGCGGCCACGGGCGAGCACUUUCAGGGGCUGGUCGACUGGGUGGAGGCGCAGCGACCCGAGCCCACGGUGGCGAGGGCUUACAUAGGCGGCGGCGACAAUGACAACGGCGAGGGGGAGACGGCCUCGUGCGUGGUGUCGUCGGGGCUGAGGCUCCCGUUCGGUGAGGUGGACUUCGGGUGGGGCCGUCCGGCGUUCGCGUCGUACCACUUCCCGUGGCCCGGCGCCGCCGGGUACGUGAUGCCGAUGCCGAGCGCGCGCGGGGGCGGGGACUGGGUGGUGUACGUCCACGCGGCGCCGGAGGUGGUGAAGGUGAUGGAGGAGGAGCCAACGGUGUUCAGGGCCCCGGUGAGCAGCGACAUAUUCGGGUGACGGGAUGCGCCGGCGGCCGGCGGUAUGGAUGCCUUCCCACGUGUGCGAUCCAGAUGCCUGCCUGCUUUGCGAUUUUCGCUGGCCAUUACGUACAGUACAGUACGUGGCUAUAGUACUAUCACUUGUAAUGUGCCGUUCUGUAGAUGUAACUGGGGCUAACAGCGUGCGUCAAGGGUGAUGUGUAUGUGCAUGAUGGAUGUAUCACGCUAUCAGUGUUGUGGUGUCGGUCGAAAAUGUAUGAACCAAAUGGAUCAGAAUCUGAAAUCCGUAGUUUGGUCUGCUCUAAUAAA